GAAUGAAGCACGUGAUGUCCUUCGACCGCCUGUACGAGAUUGCAACAAGGCGGAAAGCCGAGUCAAAAAGCUAUGGCGGGAAGUCGUCAUGGUUGUCCGAGAAGCUGAUGUCACGGAGAAGCUGGGUAGUGUAAAAGAGAUCAAUGACGACUUUCUCCGGGAGCUCCACAUUACCAACAUGAACAUGGGAGUAAAGACAAUGACGAAGUUGAUGGAGACAUCAUCGAUAGUCGAAGUUCAGCGCAGCGAAUCGUCUCGCCAUUAUGAAUCGAUUCAUACAUCAACUGGACAUCUCCAUUCUGAUUUGGCUGUCGGAUUUGAGGGAGUCGAUCAGAGCUUGCGAAAUAUCUUGAGUCAAAGCGGUAGAACGACCGGAAUGAUCAAUGCUGGAUUACCAGACCUCAGAGACGAUGUCAGGGUCAGUCGUGGUAUGCUGCAAGAGCUGUUUCGCCAACAAAACCAGCACAUUGCAGAGGAAAGGAAGGCGCUGCGCAACAAAAUGCUGAGUAUUUUGACACGCCCUGAUUCCUUCAACAACCAGUCCUCGGUCUUUCGAUGGGAGAUUUCUCCACAAAGGCAGGAAGAGCUAGCAUCCAACACGCGAGCUGCCCUAUUUCGAAACCCCGAGAAUCUGCAGGAUGGGUUCGAUCAUUCAGUUCGUGGCUUGAGCACAUUCAAAUAUUGUCACUGUCGAACUAGGACAAAAGUUAGGGACAUGCGAAUGGGACCUCUGAAGCUGCAAACGACGCAAAAGUCUGAUCAUCGGCCGGGAUGUCAGCAUAGCCAGUUGGGAUCCACGAGCUGGUCCUAUACUGUUUGCGCCAUAUUAUAUUCUUUCCUCCAUAAAACGAUGGAAUUGGCCAUAGGUGCGGCGACAGGACCUGGUGGCUUUUUCUUAGCGCCGCCCCUGAGGUUUCGAAAUAUUGUUCGAAGGUCCGAAUCCGAAAUCUUUCGAUCUUUCGAUCUAUUUCCAACUAUUUGUACAAAGAUGACCUCAUUUUGUGUUUUCCUUCAGUGUACCUAAUCUUCGCGUCGCCGGCUCUUGUGGUACAUGAAAAAUGCCGAUGGACUUUCUGACGACAUUUCUUUGGUCUCUGUCUGGAAUCCGUCCACACAAGAACACCUCACAAAAGAGUGCUUCGAUCAUAUUACACGUUG